AUUGCGCAUGCGCAAUUUCCUGGUCAGAGUCAAUUUCCGCUUAGAGUACAUUUCCUUUUCUUUCCAAGUAUUCAAGAUGGUAAAUGUACCAAAGCAAAGACGCACUUUUUGUAAAAAGUGCAAAGUACAUAAACCCCACAAAGUAACACAAUAUAAAAAAAGCAAAGAACGUCAUGCAUCACAAGGUAGAAGACGUUACGACCGUAAACAACAAGGUUUUGGUGGACAAACCAAACCUAUAUUCAGAAAAAAAGCAAAAACUACCAAAAAGAUUGUGUUAAGAAUGGAAUGUACUGAAUGUAAAUACAGGAAACAAAUUCCUCUUAAAAGAUGUAAACAUUUUGAAUUAGGAGGCGACAAGAAAAGAAAGGGACAAAUGAUUCAGUUCUAGGGUGGAAUUGUGUGUUUACUUUUUAUGUAUACUUAAUAAGAAAUGAAAUAAAUCUCUUGAAAUUUGUA